GAUACUCGUCGGUAUUCGCAAUAAUUUUAUCGUUGCGUUCCGUGAUUCAAUGAUUUCCAGACCAGUUUUCCUCUUAGUUAGUUCAGUUUAAGACGCAACAAUAUAAUUCUUUUUUUUUCUCUCUUUUUUGAAUUUGAGGGCAGCUUUCGACGGAGUUUCAGACUGAAUGUUUGAACAUUUACGAGAGAAGGCCGGAGAAAUUGAAUGUUUCAAGAAGUGAUUUUAUUAAAGAACGCAGUAAAAUAUAUUCCAAUCAAACUAAGUGUGUUCAUUGUACCAAACUGUUACGUGUUUAAAGUCAAAAAGAUUGCAGGAGCCACAGACGACGGCUCAGCUCGCAUUCGGAUUGGAUAAAUCAAAAGUAGCAAAAUAAUUUCGGUGUUUCGAAUGAAAGCUGAAAAAAAUCAAAAUCAAUUUUAAAUCGUAGUUGUGGUGCGAGUGAUUGUAAAAGACUGUUUUUAUUAAAGAAAAUUGCUGGAAAUCGAAGUAUUAAAUUCAGGUGCCAGCAGCCAGUCGUGAGAAUGAGAGCAGCUCCAAAUGUAUUAGUGUAUUUUUAUUUAUUGAAAUAGAAUAAAUAAUAUACGGAAGCUCAACUAUAUUCGGUUGUACAUUCGGACGGAAGAGAAAAACGAACAUUGAAUUUUCGUGGAUUUUUUUUGAAGCAUCCCUUCGAAAGGGGAUAUAACGAGACAAACACACGCACGCGUUUCAUCCACAAGAAGAAAAUAUCGAAUAAUGAGUGGCCUAGGUCCUGCUGCAUGUUGGCUAGCUCACAAGCGAAUAGAGUCAUGGUCACGUCUGGCUAAAGAACGUGUUGGUGCGGUUCGAAAAUCCACCGAUAAAAGCAGUGAUGGAAGCAAGUCGUCCAAUGCAAGCACGUCAAUGAACAUGAGCACCGAUUCUAAUAACGAUUCGUUUGCAUCAACUGAGGAUUGUACGAAUCACUCACAUGGAGCGACUGCGGUAGAGAUAACGACAACGUCAUCAUUGAUGACAACGGCAACGACAACGUCUGCACCAAUCAGUACAGCGAACACAAGCAGUGUAAUAGCCGAGAGUUCAGCAUCUCAAUCACCUUCUUCCGUGUUACACUCACCUUUGCAGCAUCAAAGCAAAUCAUUUCCGCCACGUUUACAGAGGACUCCAUCGAUUUCUAGUCAAAGUAGCUUAGAUAGCACACCAACAAGACAAUCAGCACACCGUGGUUCAUCGCCACAAAUUCGAGCAUUUGGGCCCGAUGGAAGAAGUACAUCCACAAAUGAACAAUCAUUAUUUCAUUUUUCACGAGCGUCGAGUCCAUUGCGAGCCGCACACAGUUUAGACGCACGUUGUUCGUCUUCUACGUCGACUGACACCAGUGAAUUAAGCCCAAGUUGCUUGGCGUCGCUUGCAUCGAGUACGGCUUGCGCCAGUACCGCUUGCAUUUCUCCAAAACUCGGUCGCUGUUUAUCACCAUUACUUCUGACGCCGAAAGCAUUAAAUAAUGUCGAUCCUAGCAACACAGCUGCGCCAGCCAGUCCUCUUGGGACACUUCAACCGGAUUUAUAUCGCGGGCAUGAGGGUCCUGUGUAUAUCAAUGCACCCGACGACAAUUUAGCCUUUGGAAAAUUACAUUUUCACCUAAAAUAUGAUUCACAUUUGUGUGAUUUGGCUGUUCAUUUGAUCGAAGCACAAAGUCUCUGUUCAAUCGAUGAAGGCGGAUUCCGCGACCCACUUGUUCGUUUAGCUUUGAGUCCUGAAGUGGAUAAUCGUAAGCGAGAGGCGAUUAUCGCACGCGGUGAACAUCAUCCUUAUUUUGAUCAACAUUUCAAGUUUCCGGUUUCACGCGAUCAACUUCCAGGCAAAGAACUGAUUAUGCAGGUUAUGGACUGUGAUCGCUACUCACAGAACGAUGCGAUGGGUGAAGUACGAAUAAACAUCGAUGAAAUGGAUCUGACGAAAUCGGUUGAGAUUUGGGCUGAGCUGAUUAGAAAAAGAAAACCACCAGUUGAACGACCUGAACUUCUCCUCAGUUUGAAUUAUCUACCUCAAGCGGAGCGUUUAACUAUAGUUUUGAUGAAGGCAAAGAAUCUGGAAACUGUGCAGGAACCCUACGUGAAGAUGUAUUUGAUAGUGAAUGGCAAACGAAUGAAAAAGAAAAAGAGCAGCCCAGGUAAAUCUGAUCCAAGUAACCCAGUAUGGAAUGAGGCGUUUACAUUUAAUUUUUCUCAAUCAAACCUACAAAAUGCUGCCCUUGAGAUUUACGUUGUGUCAUCAGGCGGAGAAUCAAAUGCGAUUGGCAGUUGUGGUAUCGGUCCAUUGGAGCAUGGCUUAGGUCGGCAGCACUGGCAAGAUAUGAUCCAUAAUGCACGUCAACCCAUUGCUUUGUGGCAUUUUUUGAGAUAAAAUAUUAGAAUCAACUAUCAUCUGAGCGUACAUCAUAAAUUCAUAUUCCCCUUUUGAUUUCGAUGUUCUUAAAAAGUACAUUCAUCUUGAUUGACUUUCAGAAAAAAUCAGUUAUUCGUUUCACGAUGAAAAACAGCAGCUACAUUUGGCUUAAAAAACCAAAAUCAAAUACACCAAAGUACUUAUACUUGCUAUUGUCAAUAUAUAAAUAACACUGUUCAACAAAUUUGAGGUAAAAAAAGUAAUUGGAAACGACCACCAUGGCAUGGAAGUACUCCUAUGGCAUAGCAAAACCCUCGCUGGGUUUCGCGAUUUUGGCUCAGGUUGUUAUUUUUAUCGACCUGUGUAAUUUUUUUGUUCUAUACGACAGAGUUUGACUCAGGCGGCAGAUAGAUUGCCUUAGCAUAUGACAGCAUUGCUGCCAUUUAAAUACAUUGCGCUGUACAAUUCUGGAAAAGUUUGUUUAAAAACAAUUUUUUUCUUUGUAAACAAACCGUCCUAUACUACUACGUUCAGUGUGAUACACGAUGAAGCUGGGUGCCGUUAUAUACUGAGAGUGCACAGAGCAAAAAUUAUCCGCAUAUUUUUUCUAUGCCAAUGCAUAUAUCUGGCGCCUGAGUCAAACUCUGCUAUAUGAUUUUUGCAAUAUUGAUGUCAUCACUUUUCAAGGGGGAAAGUACUGGAUUUGUAUAAUUCAAGUAAUGCGAUCUAGUACAAAAAUAAUCCCAAAUAAUCCUUCGGAAUUCUCCAUAAUUCUCAAUAAUGCUCAAUAAUGCUAUGCAUAAUGCCAAUAAACAAAAGUGAAAUACGGUUGUGUUUAGCUAUUGGGUGUUGGUAUUAUGCAUAGCAUUAUUGAGCAUUAUUGAGAAUUAUGGAGAAUUCCGAAGGAUUAUUUGGGAUUAUUUUUGUACUAGAUCGCAUUACUUGAAUUAUACAAAUCUAGUUCUUUCUGGGCCACAAAAGUAUCCCUAUCGAGAUCCGUGUGCUUGACAGUAGCACUUGCAGUGUAACACAUAACCUCACUAUACCAUGUUUGAACACAUUUUCAUUUCACGUGCAAUGAAAAAAAAAAUUCAUUGAAUACUAUUUCGGUUGUGUUCUUAUUAAUUUGUUUCCACCGUAUGAAAUAUACUAAAGUUAGUGUGUUCAUGUUUAGGAAAGAACAUUUAAACCGAACCAAAUAUAAUAACCAAAUUGUUUGCUGUCAAACUUUGUCUUGCUCACGCCAACUGUCACACUGACUCGUUCGUGAACGAAUUGCUGUUAGCGUAAAAGAGACGUUGUUCGCAGUGGACUCAGUUUAGAUGUUCUUUUAUUUUGUUCAUUGAAAAUACAGUUAGUUUGGAAAUGUAAUUUCGAGUAAUUUUUUUUUCAACGAAUCACAAAAAGUCACCAAACGUGAACUUACCAAAUUAAGAACGAAUGAAUGGGCCGAUCAAAUGAACGGUGAAAAAUCAUUCUGAUAUACUUUUUCACACACAGACACUACGAAAUCGCACACCGACACAACUUGCACUUUGCAGUGUCUUGAUUGUGAAUUGCAGCACGAUUUUGUCCUUAAUUUAGUACGAUAAAAUACUAACUACUGCAAGUGCAAAGAAAUUCUUUUUUUAGACUUUUCGACAUUAAGUGUCUUGCACUUUCAGUGUUUUAAAAAUGAAUUGCGCUAAGUCUUUACUACUGCUUAUAGCAAUAUUCAACUGGUUCGAACUAUGCAUUAUAACAAAUUUUCCAGUCCAAAAGCAAUAUAAUGUGAUUAUUUUUUAUACAGAGCGAUUAGAUUACUUUGACAACAGCUUCCGAUAGGGAUAAUAUGAUAUUGUGAGCUGUCAAAAUAGUUUUGUGUUUCACCGUGUUGCCCGAGUGUCAACGGCGCUCAAAACGUAUUGGCUGAACGAUAUUAACUCUUGCAUGAAACAUCUCAUCUAGUAGGUGAUAUGGAGCAAAACGUCGAGAAAAUGGCUGAUUUCUUCAAUUUUUCAACCAUAACUCGCAGCGUAUCCAAUUUUUCUGACCACUAUCUUUGAAAAUUUUGUAGCCAACUAUACGUUGUACAACUAUACAUUGAACAAUUGAACGCGUGAGAAUAAAAGACUGACGCUACCAGGUUUUUCGCAAAAGCGGGAUAAAAAUCAGUUGCACGCAAAAGAGACAUUUCAAAAGGUUGAACGCAAGAGAGAAGUAUAUUGUUGUUGUAAUCACGGCUUUAAAAUUCAAAAUGCGACAAAAUAAAAUAUUCCGUUUGCGUGUAACCUUUUGAAAUGUCUCUUUUGCGUGCAACUGAUUGUUAUCCCGCUUUUGCGAAAAACCUGCUAGCGUCAGGCUUUUAUUCUCACGCGUUCAAUUAUACAUUGAACAACUUUGCUCAAUAUAUCGACCCAGAAAAAUCAUGUUCUUAACUAACUUUGCAACUAGGCAUCAAAGGUAGAUCAUAUUGGCCCUAUUUUUUAGCUGUGAACAUAAGCUUUAGUGUAACAUACAAUAAAAACUGAAAUAUGGCCGUUUUCAUGACUUCAUUUGGCCAAAUGUCAACCAAACGCUCAAAAAUUGGUCCAAAACUUAAAAUUUCCUUACAAAUGAUUUUUUCCACUAGACUAGCAUAAAAACCAGUCUACAUUAUCUGCAAACAAAAAAUACGGAAAGAUAUACAGUUUUUUGCAUGUAAUGAGCCAAAAUUCUCAACAAAUUGACCAUUUUUGGUACCAAAGAGCGAUUUUGAGCAAAGUUGUCCAAUAGACAAUGUCCAGUUAUAUGUUGGCUACAAAAUUGUCAAAGAUAGUGGUCAGAAAAGUUAAAUACGCUGCGAGUUAUGGUUGAAAAAAUUUCCCAUUUUCUCGACAUUUUGCUCCAUAUCACCUACUAGAUGGAGUGUUUCAUGUAAAGUUUGUUCAUCAAACUUGUUUAUUGGACUCUUCGCUACAACUUUGCUUGAGAAAGUAAGACAAUAUUCCCAAUUCUGGAUGAGUUAUUGACCAAAAAGUGAUGACAACAAUAUUGCAAAAAUCAUAUAGAACAAAAACAAUUACACAGGCCGAUCAAAAUAACAACCUGAGCCAAAAUCGCAAGAACCAGCGAGGGUUUUGCUAUGCCAUAGGAGUACUUUCAUGCCAUGGUGGUCGUUUCCAAUUACUUUCUUCUACCCAAAAUUUGUUGCACCGUGUAAUAUGCGACUACCAAUACUACUAUUCUAUAACGAAAUGGAAUGGCGCCAAAUCAUUCACAAUAUGACAAGUGGCCAUGUACUAUAUGUGUGUCUAUGUACUAUUUAAUUUAAUACAUGAAAAUAGAGACAAAGAAAAUCAUUAUACAUAUACUGUAGCUUUUUUUAUCACCAUUCGUCCGUUCAAAUGACGCGCAAUCAUUUUCUCUCUUUUUUGAAAAUAAGCAUUAAUGGUGAAAAUGAAUAAAAUAAUCAGAUUGAUGUGAAGAAAAUAAGUGAAAGUGUGGUACGUAUUUUCAUUUUGAAUGAAUAUUUCAGAAAAAUGUAAGACGUUCUUCUUCUUUUACACAUCUAUAGUUCUAUAUCCAUUUUAUCUAUGUAAAUUGUCUCUGAAAUUUGACACGCACAUCAAUGAGAUUCUCUCAAGUCUUAUCAAAAACUUGAUUAUUUUGUAUCGGAAAUUUGUUUGCGAAUUUUUAUUUUGCCACUGGAUCGUAUUCCAGUUCAUAAUUUUAAGGAAAAAUAAUUAAUUUUGACCAUAUUGUGUACGCGUCAAUGGCAGACACAAUAGAUAGUAUACAAUUUUAAUUGGAUAUUACUAAUAUGCCGACUACAAAAUACCAAUUUUCGCUUUAUUUUAUUGUAAUUUCAUAUCCAAUCAACAAAUUUAAAAGAAAUGUGAAAACAAUGAAUUUUCUGUCAUUUGAUGACUAAUCGGCAUUGUCUUCCCCUUUUCACCACACAAUAAACAAAUUAAAGUAUAUUUAUAGAUCUAACGAAUAAUUUUCCAUUUAUAUGAAUUUUAUAACUAUUUUCGCAGCUCUGUGGAGUGUUUUAUGCGUUCUGUUUCAAAUGAAGCCUAAAUUGUUUUAAGAUUAUUUUAUAAACAAGUGGCUACAACUAUACACACUAUCUUUCCUAAUCAUUCAUCAAAAUAUAUACCGAGAAAAGAAGCGAUCAUCAACUUGAAUGAAUUUAUUUACAAUAACAAUAUACUAAUUGAGAAAUAUAUGAAUACAUGUAUAUACAAAUGACAGCCUAAGAACAAAAUAACAACUUCUGAACUCUUUGCCGAUAAAUGAAACGAAAAAAAACUUAGAGCAAAAAAGAAACAAAUGAAGUUGCGAGCAAAAAGGACACAAGUGGGCAUUGAGCGAAAAACACGUUUUUCUCAUUUUUCUCGCUACUGGAAAAAGACAGCGACUAGGUGUCCUCGGCUUAUUUGUAGUUAUUUCCAUUUUCUACAAUAUUGCCGAAGACGACUAGUCGCUAUCUUUUUCCAGUAGCGAGAAAAAUGAGAAAAACGUAUUUUCCGCUCAAUGCCCACUUGUGUCAUUUUUGCUCGCAACUUAAUUUGUUUCUUUUUUGCUCGAAGUUUUUUUUCGUUUCAUUUAUCGGCAAAGAGUUCAGAAGUUCUUUUUUCAUUCUAUGGGUGUCAAAUAUACUUAUGGGCAAUUUCGGUGUUUUUAGGCGUAAUUUAUGAGAAGAGACAAUUUAAGAAAAUAUUUUUAAAAAGCCAUGAAAUUGAUGCCAUUUCGGUCGUUUUGAACCCUUAGUUAGAUAAUUUCAACUGCGAGUUCCGUUUACAUUUCCAUAAUCAUAAAAUCAUCUUAUAAUGAAAUGAAAACAAUUGCAACGGUAUAAGUUGCAAAAGCAACUUUUGAUAUGGCAUUUUUCCAAUUUUUUCCCCAAACGUUUUCUUUACCUUUGUCCGACAUAUGAAAUUCCAUUCCAUCCAAAUUGGAAUAAAAAAAGAGCGUUAGUAAAUGCAAACAUACAAUAUCCUCUCUCUCUCUCUUCUAUAAGUCAUUAAAUAUGUGUAUACCUAGGUGUAUACACAAUUAAAUCACAUUAAAAUGCUUUCUUUUAUGAAUGAUCUAAGUACAAUCAAUGAUUUCCAUUCAAUCACAUACCAAAGAAACAGUGAUGAAUUAAUAUCAACACACUUACUUAAGCUGUUAGUUGCGAAUGUCCACAAAUUUUACAAAAUAAAAAAAAUACAACAAAUCUGAAACAUUUAACCGUAUGAAGAUAAUGAAAAGCACGAUAUUCGUACAAAAGUCAAACAUAAUAAAAAAUCAGAAACAAAUCACUGCAAUAUAUCAUGGGAAUGGUCAUAACCAUACUUUUAGCAAAGAAAGGCUAAGAACGCUUAUGAAUUAAACGAAGAAUUAUGAUAAGAACAGUUUCAAAUCUGCCUAUAUCAACACAAAUAAAUAUAUAAACAUAUAUCUGUAUAUUUUUGUGCAUAUUAUUCCAGAGUUAUUAAAAUGAAGCCAAGACAUUCAAUAUUUGAUUUUAUGACAAAAACAAAACCAAAACAAAGCAUCUGUGAAAAAGAGACCACGUAAUAUAAAGAGCUAGAUAAAGAGCAAAAUAUCACAGCAACUUUAAAUAAUUAAUUACGAUAAAUCAAUAAAUCAUGAUGGAAUUUGAACAGA